AUGUUUGUUAAUGAUCAUAACAAAGGCAUCAUUCAAAUUAGGCAGUUUUCCAGAACUAUGGGGACUUCCCAUUGGGCACUCCUGGCUUUAGGCUGUCUCUUCACAGGGCCGAGCCUAAUCCUCUGCCAGCUUUCAUUACCCUCCAUCCUGCCCAAUGAAAAUGAGAGGGUUGUGCAGCUGAAUUCAUCCUUUUCUCUGAGAUGCUUUGGGGAGAGUGAAGUGAGCUGGCAGUACCCCAUGUCUGAAGAAGAGUACCCCGAUGUGGAAAUCAGAAACGAGGAGAACAACAGUGGCCUUUUUGUGACGGUACUGGAAGUGGUCAGCGCCUCGGCGGCCCACACUGGGCCGUACACUUGCUAUUACAACCACACGCAGAUGGAUGAGAACGAGAUCGAGGGCAGACACAUUUACAUCUACGUGCCCGACCCAGAUGUAGCCUUCGUACCUCUAGGAAUGACAGAUUCCUUGGUCAUCGUGGAGGACGAAGAUUCCGUCAUCAUCCCAUGCCGCACGACUGAUCCUGAGACUCCAGUGACCUUACUCAGCAGUGAGGGGGUAGUGCACGCCUCCUAUGAUAGCAGACAAGGCUUUAAAGGAACCUUCGCUGUCGGGCUCUAUAUCUGUGAGGCCACGGUCAGAGGGAAGAAGUUCCAGACCAUUCCAUUCAAUGUUUAUGCUUAUACAGCAACAUCAAAACUUGAUCUGGAAAUGGAAUCUCCUAAGACUGUAUAUAAGGCAGGCGAAUCGAUUGUGGUCACCUGUACCGUCUUUAACAACGAGGUGGUUGACUUUCAGUGGACUUACCCUGGACAAAUGAAAGGCAAAGGCAUCACGAGGCUGGAGGAAACCAAGUUCCCGUCCAUCAAGUUGGUGUACACUCUGAGGGUUCCGGAGGCCACAGUGAAAGACAGUGGAGAUUACCAAUGUGCUGCCCACCAGGCCACCAAGGAAGUCAAAAAGAUGAGGAACGUCACCAUUUCUGUUCACGAGAAAGGAUUUAUUGAAAUCAAACCCAACUUUAACCUGUUGGAAGCUGUCAACCUGCAUGAAGUCAAGCAUUUUGUGGUGGAUGUGCAGGCCUAUCCCCCUCCCAAGAUAACCUGGCUGAAGGACAACCUGACUCUGAUUGAGAAUCUCACGGAGAUCACCACUGACAUAGAAAAGAUUCAGGAAAUAAGUUAUCGAAGCAAAUUAAAGCUGAUUCGAGCAAAGGAAGAAGACAGCGGCCAUUAUACUAUUGUAGUUCAAAAUGAAGAUGAUGUGAAGAGCUAUACUUUUGAACUCUUGACUCAAGUUCCAUCCUCCAUACUGGACUUGGUUGACGAUCACCAUGGCUCUAAUGGAGGCCAGACUGUGAGAUGCACAGCCGAAGGGACCCCUCUUCCUGAUAUCGAGUGGAUGGUUUGCAAGGAUAUUAAGAAAUGUAACAAUGAAACUUCAUGGACAGUUUUGGCCAACAACAUUUCAAACAUCAUCACAGAGUUUCACCCCCGAGACAGGAGCACGGUGGAAGGCCAGGUGACGUUCGCCAAAGUGGAGGAGACCAUUGCAGUCCGGUGCCUGGCCAAGAACCUCCUCGGGGUGGAAAGCCGAGAGCUGAAGCUGGUGGCUCCCACUCUGCGCUCUGAGCUCACUGUGGCGGCUGCAGUCCUGGUGCUGUUGGUGAUUGUGAUCAUCUCACUCAUUGUCCUGGUCGUCAUUUGGAAACAGAAACCAAGGUAUGAAAUCCGUUGGCGGGUCAUUGAAUCAAUCAGCCCCGAUGGACAUGAGUACAUUUAUGUGGACCCGAUGCAGCUGCCUUAUGACUCGAGAUGGGAGUUUCCAAGAGAUGGACUUGUGCUUGGUCGGAUCCUGGGGUCUGGUGCAUUUGGGAAAGUGGUUGAAGGAACUGCCUAUGGAUUAAGUCGGUCUCAACCUGUCAUGAAAGUAGCAGUGAAGAUGCUAAAACCCACAGCCAGAUCCAGUGAAAAACAAGCUCUCAUGUCUGAACUGAAGAUUAUGACCCACCUGGGGCCGCAUUUAAACAUCGUGAACUUGCUGGGCGCCUGCACCAAGUCAGGCCCCAUUUACAUCAUCACUGAGUACUGCUUCUAUGGGGAUUUGGUCAACUAUUUGCAUAAGAAUAGGGACAGCUUCCUGAGCCACCAUCCAGAGAAGCCAAAGAAAGAGCUGGACAUUUUUGGAUUGAACCCAGCUGACGAAAGCACGAGAAGUUACGUUAUCUUAUCUUUUGAAAACAAUGGUGACUACAUGGACAUGAAGCAAGCUGACACCACGCAGUAUGUCCCCAUGCUGGAAAGGAAAGAGGUUUCUAAAUACUCAGACAUCCAGAGAGCGCUGUAUGAUCGCCCAGCCUCGUAUAAGAAGAAAUCCAUGUUAGACUCAGAAGUCAAAAACCUCCUUUCAGAUGAUAACUCAGAAGGCCUGACUUUGUUGGAUUUGUUGAGCUUUACCUAUCAAGUUGCCCGAGGAAUGGAGUUUUUGGCUUCAAAAAAUUGUGUCCACCGGGACCUGGCGGCUCGCAACGUCCUCCUGGCGCAAGGGAAAAUCGUGAAGAUCUGUGACUUUGGCCUGGCCAGAGACAUCAUGCAUGAUUCGAACUACGUGUCCAAAGGCAGCACCUUUCUCCCCGUGAAGUGGAUGGCUCCUGAGAGCAUCUUUGACAACCUCUACACCACACUGAGUGACGUCUGGUCCUAUGGCAUCCUGCUCUGGGAGAUCUUUUCCCUUGGUGGUACACCCUACCCUGGCAUGAUGGUGGAUUCUACAUUCUACAAUAAGAUCAAGAGUGGAUACCGGAUGGCCAAGCCUGACCAUGCCACCAGUGAAGUGUACGAGAUCAUGGUGAAGUGCUGGAACAGUGAGCCGGAGAAGAGACCCUCCUUUUACCACCUGAGUGAAAUUGUGGAGAAUCUGCUGCCUGGACAAUAUAAAAAGAGUUAUGAAAAGAUCCACCUGGACUUUCUGAAGAGUGAUCAUCCCGCUGUGGCGCGCAUGCGCGUGGACUCCGACAACGCCUACAUCGGCGUCACCUACAAAAAUGAGGACGAUAAGCUGAAGGACUGGGAGGGUGGCCUCGACGAGCAGAGGCUGAGUGCAGACAGCGGCUACAUCAUCCCUCUGCCCGACAUCGACCCUGCUCCUGAGGAGGAAGACCUGGGCAAGAGGAACAGACACAGCUCACAGACCUCUGAAGAGAGUGCCAUUGAGACAGGUUCUAGCAGUUCUACCUUCAUCAAGAGAGAGGACGAGACCAUCGAGGACAUCGACAUGAUGGACGACAUUGGUAUAGACUCCUCGGAUCUGGUGGAGGACAGCUUCCUGUAA